UGAUGAUGCCGCUGAGCACUAGCAACAGGACACUCCAGAGCAGUGCGGGAAAAGUGAGAAAGUCCGUCAUUUCAGUUGGAUAUCUUUGUAACUGUAAAAGCAAUGCAGCAGCCCUCUUGAAUACAUGUGUUUUAAAAAUAAGAAGAAAUAGCCUACUGCUCGCUGUCACUGCGACGGGUUUCUGGACUUUGAUAGGUAGUGGGUUAGAUCACUAUCCUUAGAUAUAGCGCGUGGUAAAGAUAACCCUCAAGAAAGACAGUGCUUUUACCUUCGAGCCCCCAUUCACACCUGACAGCUAAGUAUUUUAAGGCUAAAUAAUACACCCAAGUCAUAGGCAACAAAGUGUAACUGCUGAGGUAUAAUAAGAACGAGUGGGACAUACAAUCGUCGAGAAACAUAUUGUAUAUGUUGGAAAAGAGAGGUCGAGAGGCAGAGUCUCAUCGUUGCUGUUGCACCAAUCAGAGGCAAGGCAGAGGUCAAGGGCUUGUCUGGAAGCAGGACACGCCCUAAGUGGCGGAGAUGACGGUCUCUACCUACUGCACCACCUGGACCAAACUCCCUCUCUGGUGGCUUGUGAUAAUGGUCGUUGCUGGACAGGCCGUAAUGGGGGGGGACCAACCGGAGGGACUCUGUGGGGGGCGGGACUGCUCCACCUGCCAGUGUUUCCCUGCUAAAGGAGCCCAGGGUGUUCCAGGAGUUUUAGGACGACAGGGGCCUCAGGGGCCACCUGGGUUCCCGGGCCCCCAGGGGCCUCUUGGAGAGAAGGGAUAUCGAGGAGAGGAGGGCUUCCCUGGCGUAUCUGGACCGAAGGGAGACGUGGGUAUUGCUGGCAUACCAGGAUAUCCUGGACUAGAUGGUGUCCCGGGUCACCCAGGGCCAGGAGGUGUUCCUGGUCUACCAGGGCUUGAUGGCUGUAACGGGACCAGAGGGGACUCUGGUUUCCCUGGAAUCCAUGGUCUGGAUGGGCCUGAUGGGGGAGCGGGUUUCUCAGGGAUCAAAGGAGUGCCAGGGGACCCCACCGUUCAGUUCAUCCAGUACCCUGGUAUACCUGGUGAUGUCGGCCGUGCUGGGGUUACUGGACUGCCUGGCUUCCAAGGCAUUAGCGGCCCUAGGGGACCUACUGGACCAGUUGGUUUGGAUGGAUCAGAUGGUUUAACUGGUUCACCUGGCCUGAGAGGUCCGCCUGGAGAGAAAGGAAGAUCAUUGCCAGGACAGAAAGGAGAUGAAGGAGAUCAGGGUACCCAAGGGCCCCCAGGACCCUUUGAGUUUGUGGACCCCCCAGAAGACUUCUACAUCAAAGGAAGCAAGGGGAGGAGUGGUGUGAAGGGAGAGUGUGGACCCAGGGGAAGUGAUGGAUUCGACUCGUUGACAGGGAUAAAAGGAGAAAAGGGAAUCAUCGGAUUUCCUGGAGUCAGGGGUCUUUCUGGAUAUCCUGGCUUCCCUGGGCCACCUGGUGUAAAGGGGAUCCUUGGGAGCCCUGGCCUACCUGGUCUGAUAGGAACGGAGGGACCCAAGGGGUUCCAAGGAGAUCUUGGUCCCAAAGGACUGACAGAGUUCAGGCAGGUUAAUUAUACAGCUUGUAGAGGGAUGCCAGGGGAGUCGGGGCUGCCUGGAAGACCAGGACCACCUGGAGAUGUUGGGGAGAUGGGGAUGCACGGCCGCCAAGGACUGCCUGGGGUAUCAAUACCUGGUACCAAUGGUGACCCUGGCCCAAUAGGGAUGACUGGCACCAAGGGGGUUAAAGGAGAGCCAGGGAUGCACUACCAGAACGGGCCUACACCCGGAGAGCCUGGUAAACCGGGCACAGCAGGCCUCAGUGGUCUGAAAGGAGAGCGCGGCCCCCCAGGUUGUGGAGGUACGUACUGCACCCCUGGUUCACCAGGAGAGCCUGGAGCAGAUGGAGAUCAAGGUCCUCCUGGAUCUGCAGGGUUCCCUGGUAGCAAAGGAAUUGAUGGUGAUUGUGAUUGUGAGCUCCUCCAGCCUUCAAAGGGAGACCCUGGCUUUAUGGGGAUUCCGGGAUUGCCAGGGUUACGAGGACUUUGUGGGGCACCAGGCCCGAGGGGUGACAUUGGUUUUCCCGGAGACAUAGGAAGAAGUGGGGCAGACGGCUUCCCAGGAUUUGCAGGUGUCCGGGGUCCAAAAGGUCAGAAAGGUGACGUCUAUCUAUGCAUUAAAGGUGUGAAGGGAGACAUUGGCCUCCCGGGGCUGGCUGGUCGUCCAGGCUUCACUGGGAGGAGAGGAGACGAAGGGAAUCCGGGUGUGCCUGGUGACGCUGGCCCAGAGGGUGACAGUUACUCAGGAUUCCCGGGUGAGAGAGGGUAUCCAGGUAAUGACGGGCCAAAAGGGCUUGCUGGACCCGUCGGCCCCCCAGGACCUGAUGUGAUUGGGGCAGUGGGGGAACGGGGACUCCCAGGCGACCAGGGACCUCCAGGAUUCAGGGGAUCUCCUGGGCUCAAAGGAGUCAGGGGUGACACCCUACCCUGCAUACCCAGUAACCCUGGUGCCCCAGGACAGAAAGGCGAUUCCGGAAGCCCAGGGCUGAACGGAGAGUCAGGACCCCCAGGGUAUCUUGGAGCUUUGGGCCCAGACGGGGUGAAGGGAGAGAAAGGAGACUUUGGACUGUCUGGCCCACCUGGACCCAUAGGCUCGUCGGGGUGUGUUGGAGACUCUGGAGAGGCUGGUGCUGAGGGUCUGAGCUACGACGGAGCUGCCGGCUCUCCUGGCUUCCGAGGGUCUCCAGGACUGAAGGGCCCAUUUGGGGACUCUGUCCCUGGUGCUCCAGGACCUAUAGGCCUCAAGGGUGUACUGGGUCUGUCGGGGCCCAAAGGAGUGCCAGGUCCACCCGGUCCAAUUGGAUUAACAGGUGCUGCGGGGCUUCCUGGUACACCGGGAAGGAAGGGGGAGCAGGGAGAGAGUGGUGCCACAGGCAGAUAUGGGGCCCCAGGGCCCACCCCUGAACAGUGUGAAGAGGGGGCCCCAGGCCUUCAAGGAAUCAUGGGACUAAUAGGGGACAUAGGCCCUCCAGGUUACGCAGGCGAGAAGGGUGAUAACGGAGAGGAGGGUCUGUCCGGCACGGGUCCUAAAGGAGCUGCAGGGAAACCGGGCUCUCCAGGGUUUCCUGGGUACCUUGGAGCCCAGGGCCCCGUGGGGCCAUUAGGAGACCCUGGCAUACCCGGGGCUCAAGGGCAGAAAGGUAUAAUAGGGGUACCUGGUAGGGAUGGGUCAGUGGGUGGUCCAGGGAGGAGUGGAGCACUAGGAUCCCCGGGAAGGAAAGGAGAGAGGGGCUUUGACGGUCAACGAGGCUUACCAGGAGAUGAGGGCCUCAAAGGAGAAAAGGGUAGAAAAGGUGCCCCCGGAGACACAGGAGACACCAACUUCAUUCCGAUCAAAGGACUACCAGGAGCUCCCGAACCCCCAGGUCUGGAUGGCUUCACUGGUCCAAGAGGUGACAAGGGUCCUGCGGGAGGCAGGGGUCUACCAGGGUAUCCAGGGCUUUUGGGGGUGCCUGGCAUAGAGGCUGGGCCUCAAGGACCACCUGGUACAUGUGGACGCCCAGGUGAACCUGGACUACCUGGCCUGCCUGGCCAGAGGGGUAUCAUAGGCUUCCCUGGAGAGAUUGGUGAUCAGGGUGAAUCUGGGUGUACUGGAUCUCCUGGCACACCUGGCUUCCCAGGGUACAGUGGUCUUAAAGGUGAACGGGGCGACUCCAUUGGUAUCCCUGGACCGGCUGGUGAUAGAGGAGCUACAGGAGACACUGGAGCAUUUGCCGCACCGGGUGACCAAGGUGAUGUAGGUGAACCAGGAGUUUCAGGAGCUCCAGGACCUAAAGGGUUAACUGGUCCUCAAGGAUCCGUCGGACCUCCAGGGCCUGCUGGUGUGAUCGGACCCCCAGGCCUGAGUGGUAAACCUGGGGCUGAUGGUCUCCCAGGGACCUCUGGACAAACUGGGCCCAAGGGAGACCAAGGACCACUUGGACUCAAAGGUCCACCUGGACCACUGGGUUUGCAUGGACUGGACGGACUAAAGGGUGUGAAGGGAGAGGUUGGGGCUAGAGGCCCAGGUGUGCCCGGUCCCUCCGGUGCUCCAGGCUAUAAAGGAGAGAAGGGUUCUAGAGGGUGUCAAGGGCCUCAGGGGCCCUCUCAGCCAGGACCUCUGGGCCCCAAGGGCCAGUCUGGACUAACGGGAAGCCCAGGAGACACAGGUGCCUCCGGUCUACCAGGCAUGGACUGUAAGGAGUCCAUGCCCGGCCACUGUGGGGAGUCAGGCUUCCCUGGACGCGACGGACCACCAGGUACACCAGGUGACAUUGGCUGCUCCGGCCCUGCUCUGCCCAUGACCAGUGAAGAGGGGGACAACGGUGUGCCCGGCUUACCAGGGCUCAAAGGGGACAAGGGGACUUCAGGCCCCCCCGGGCUGCCUGGCAUUGCAGGGUUACCUGGGCCUAAAGGUGAGAGAGGAGCUUCGGGGAUGAUGGGGGUCCCAGGACACCCCGGUUCCACAGGAACAUGUGGGCCCCCAGGACCCAAAGGAACCAAGGGACUGCAAGGAGAUGAAGGUCCAAAAGGAGAAAAGGGGAAUGUGAUCACUCCAUUGAUAAUCCCACCUCCUCCUGGACCCGUAGGCCCACCCGGUCAACCAGGCCUUCCUGGCUUCACUGGCGGCCCGGGAUCCAAUGGUUUUGAGGGACAGAAAGGGAGAAGUGGCCAGUUGGGUUCACCAGGAUUCCCGGGGCCCGAGGGCCCCCAGGAGCAGACGGGGCCCCAGGGGACAGUGGGGUACAGGGGGAGAGGGGGGCAUUGGGACCACAGGGCGCCCCAGGUCCUUUGGGAGAUGCCGGCAGCCCAGGCCCCACCACCACCUUUAACUCUGGCUUCCUGUUGGUGAUGCACAGCCAAUCAGACAUGCUCCCUUCCUGUCCAGCAGACAUGACACAACUGUGGACUGGCUACAGUUUGCUGUACCUGGAGGGCCAAGAGAAAGCCCACACACAGGACCUCGGUCAGGCUGGGUCAUGUAUGCGUCUCUUCAGCACCAUGCCGUUCUCCUUUUGCAACAUGGGCACGUGUGACUACGCCAGCCGCAAUGACAAGUCCUACUGGUUGUCCACCACAGCGUCAGUGCCCAUGAUGCCCGUGGCGGA